AGCAAACGGAAGUAGGGUAAUUGUGUGAUUGCAUGGUGGUGGUUUGCACUAAGGGAUAGCACAAGCUAACUAUUAACUAUAAACAUUUUUUUUUUUAUGGGCAAAAAGUGUGUAUCGUUUGCUAAGCUUGUAUUUAAAAUAGAUGCACUCUAAACGAACUCGAAAAUAGGUGGUUUUAAAUCAAUUGCACAAUGUCGAAUUGUGUUGCUUUCCAGACUCAGUUAGCCUCCAUCAUGGAGUUAUUGGUUCAAGCAGCCGUGGCAGAAAUGGGCAACCUUGUCGACGAAGAUACUGCUAUUGUGCUACGUUUGGAAGUGGCUGGACAGCAGACCGAUAACGAAGUGCUGAAGCAGAGAAUACAGACACAGAAUGAGUUAAUGACGAGCCGGUUUGCUUCAAUCAUGGGAAUGCUCAGUAAAGAGGCCCUGGACAAAAUAACCAAACUCGUCGAUGAAACGAAACAGCAGUUGAUGGAGCUGGAGUUGAUGACUGCGGAGGAUACCGAACAAGAAAGCUGUUUGAACGGUCUUACUGUCGCAGAAUGUGUGGAAGAGCAUACUGGUGUGAAGGAGGAAGACAAUUCAGUGCACCUUGUGUUGAAAGCCCAGUCUGUGGAUCUGGAGGAGGACAGUCCAGAAUCUCCUCUGUGCAGGGAGGAAAGCCUUGAGUAUGACUCUGACACGACUGAGCCACAACAAGGACUGAAAUGCACUGCAGAGAAAGCAGUUUGGGCCACAUCUGAUUUUGGAAGGGGGUUUUACAAUGACCAUCAGUACUGGGAAGAAAAUGACAAUGUGGAGUAUGACUUGCAGUCCACACUUGUGGAAUCGAACAGCAAUACUAAAGAAAAGCACGACUCAAUCCUAAUUGCCUGGACUCCAAGCACUGCUGACAACGGAGAGAAACUUUUCAUUUGCACAGAGUGCGGAAAGAGUUUUUCAAAGUUAAAUCGUCUUACUGCACAUCAGCGAAUUCACACGGGAGACAAACCUUUCAGCUGCAUGCAUUGCGAGAAGACUUUCACGCAGAAGCACAGUCUGAGUGAACACCAGAGAAUUCACACCGGGGAGAAGCCGUACAACUGCGAUGUGUGCGGAAAAUGUUUCAACAAACGCGCCCAUCUCCAAACGCACCAGAGAAUUCACACGGGAGAGAAGCCGUUUACUUGUGGCGAGUGUGGGAAGAGUUUCAAUGUUGCGCAGAAUCUUAAAAGGCACCAGGCAAUUCACACCGGAGAGAAAGCUUUCAGUUGUGUGACGUGCCAGAGGAGUUUCACUCGUGCUGUGACACUUAAAAUUCACCAGCUGAUUCACACCGAGCAGAAGCCACUCAGCUGCGUCGUAUGUGGAAAGGGUUUCCGCCAGGCCGUUAACCUGAAAACGCACGAGCGCAUUCAUACAGGACAGAAACCGUUCAGCUGUUCCAUAUGCGGGAAAGCUUUCCGCCUGUCUGUUAAUCUUAAAAUACAUCAGCGUAUUCACACAGGAGAGAAACCGUACAACUGUGGACUCUGCGGAAAGAGUUUCACUCAGAAGUGUGGUCUAAAACUGCACCAGCGUACUCAUACAGGAGAAAAACCAUACUGCUGCGACGUGUGUGCUAAGAGGUUCAAUAAUUCGCAAAGUCUUAAAUUGCACCAGCGAACCCAUACGGGAGAGAAGCCGUACAGCUGUGACAAGUGCGGCAAGACAUUCAGCCAAGGCAGUCACCUCCGGACACACAAACGGAUACAUACAGGAGAGAAACUGUACAUGUGUGAUAAAUGUGGGAAGAAUUACUGUGAUCUGAGGAAUCUUAGGCUACAUAAGUGUGUUUAUGGUUGAAUCGGUCCAUAACUACACAGGGUUUCAUAUUUUAAAUGCCACAGAUCUGCAUGUGACUAUGAGGAUUGACCUAUGUGAUACUUGUCACUGAACUAUUUUUUUCCUCAGGCUAUAGGUAAAAUGCAUAUGUUAACUUGUAUGCGUUUCAAUCUAGGAGUGCGUAAUUACUGUGCACGAAUAGAAUUUGAAUUUGCUUUCCUGCAGAUUCUUAACAUGUUUAAUGUCAUUAAAUCAAAGUUCCGAUUUAGUUUGACAUUUAGAAGACACUAAAUCCCAAGCAUUAAAUUAAUUGGACAGCAUGACCUGUACAAUUCAUGACCUUUUCUAAGCAUAAAACUGAGACACAGUGACAGUCAUUGCAUAUGGUCAUUAUGCACUAAUACACUCACAUGCAUAUUCAACACCAUGAAAUUUAGUUUUGCAAUAUUUCAAGAAAACAACUAUCCUAUAGUAACUUUACGUUACAACGUAAAAAGCAAUGCUUUUGUGACUAAAAUCAUUUAGUUAUUUUCUUUUUUUUAUUUCCAUAUCAAUUAGAAACAUUAAACUGAAAUGAUGGAAAGGUGCAUUAACCAGUUAUUUGGACAGACCAAGACUUACCUUGCUUAAUCAUAUAAAUUUGUAUGUACUUGAAUUAAGAAAAUAUUGACAAAAUGUAAAUUCACCUCCCUUAAAUAAAAUGUGUGGGCAAAGCCUUUGUGCAUCGUUUUAACUUACAAAGGGUAAGGUUUUCAGGGUGACUCUUGCAGUGUACAUAAGGUCCCUAUUGGAUGCGUAUGUUGAAUUAACACUGGACAUUUUACUGUAUAGUUAUAACCUGACAUGGGACAGAAUGUUGUCAUAUCGGUGAUAGGCUUACAGAAUUUAGCUUUAUCUAAUAUUUUGCGUUUUCUUUGACCAUUAUGUAAACCUCUUCACACACGUUAAAGGUCAAGCAGAUUGCACAUGAUUGUGUUUGGUGUUAUGUCAUCAAAGAAAAUACAACAGUGUAAAUGUGGGCUGUGGUAUAUCAGUGCUUGGAGGUGGAAUAAAACAGAUCCAAUCCAGGAACCAAUUAGCAUUGGUAAGAGAGUGAGCAAACUCCAAUACAGAAGAAGGGCUUGUUCUAUGCAGGUGCUGUGCAAAUCCACUAUUAUUUUCUUAAUAAACUGGAUUGGCUGAUAGUGGACACUGAUACGACUGAUACGCAAUGUUGCCAGUAUAUUUUGUGGAUAUACACCCUGUCUGCAAUAUACCAAUCUGUAUGCAUCCACUUUAGCCAAACAUUCUCUAUUCCAGAUGUUCCUGAAACUGCUCUCUGAGGGAUGAACUUUUGUAUGCAGCUUUCCCCUUAACCAAUAAAGUUCCAUAAUUUUGUUCAAGAACAAAUUUCAGCCCAGUUCAGGUUCGCUUGCCUCUUGCCAUUUGCUUUGUCUUUAAACCCUUCAUUUCCCACAACUGGCUUCAAUCAACAGAUUUCUUUAGGAUCUCAUUGCUCAUUGAAUUAUGUGGUAUGACUGA